GAUUCAGUCAUUAUCGGCCAGUUCGUUGUAGAGUGAACGUUUCUCCGUCGACCGGACUUUCGUUGUCCCGGCGUAAAAAUGCGGUCCUUCUGCUCGUUCUUGCUUCUGCUGACGGUUACCGUCGUCACUGCAGAAACCUACUUCGAGGAGAAGUUUCUCGAUGAUUCCUGGGAGAAAAAUUGGGUGUAUUCUGAACACCCUGGAAAAGAGUUCGGAAAGUUUGUUUUAAGUCAUGGAAAAUUCUGGAACGACCGUGAAAAUGAUAAAGGUAUCCAGACUUCCCAGGAUGCCAGAUUUUACGCUCUAAGCAGGAAGUUCAAGCCCUUUAGUAACAAAGAUAAACCGCUCGUUAUCCAGUUUUCUGUUAAACACGAGCAGAACAUCGAUUGUGGCGGUGGAUAUGUGAAAGUAUUUGAUUGUUCGCUGGAGCAAAAGGAUAUGCACGGAGAAACCCCGUAUGAGAUCAUGUUUGGACCCGAUAUCUGUGGACCUGGAACCAAGAAAGUUCACGUGAUCUUUAGUUACAAGGGCAAGAACCUUCUCAUCAACAAAGAUAUUCGAUGCAAAGACGACAUUUAUACUCACCUGUAUACAUUAAUCGUUAGCCCUGAUAAUACCUAUAAGGUUCUCAUCGACAACGAGGAGGUAGAAUCUGGCGAACUUGAAGCGGACUGGGACUUCCUCCCACCAAAGAAAAUCAAAGAUCCAUCUCAGAGUAAACCCGACGACUGGGAUGACAAGCCCACGAUCCCUGAUCCGGAUGACAAGAAGCCAGAAGACUGGGAUAAACCAGAACAUAUUCCUGAUCCUGAAGCCACUAAACCAGAGGACUGGGACGAUGAAAUGGACGGAGAAUGGGAAGCUCCUAUGAUAGAUAAUCCUGAAUACAAAGGUGAAUGGAAACCGAAACAAAUCGACAAUCCCAACUACAAAGGACCCUGGAUCCAUCCAGAAAUCGACAACCCCGAGUACACUCCUGAUCCAGAAUUGUAUAAAAGGGAUGAAGUCUGUGCCAUUGGGUUCGACCUCUGGCAGGUGAAAUCCGGAACAAUCUUCGACAAUGUCCUGAUCGCUGACGACCCUGAAGUCGCCCGAAAAUUCGGUGAAGAAGUGUGGAAAGCCACUUAUGAGGGUGAGAAGAAAAUGAAGGAGGCUAUGGAUGAGGAGGAAAGAAAGCAAAGAGAAAAAGAGAGUAAAGAGAACGAGGAUAACAAAGACGAUGAGGAGGAUGAGGAUGGAGAUGAAGAGGACAAUACUGUCCCAGAUGCUGAAGAGCACGAUGAAUUGUAAAUAAUGUAUCGUGAUUGACACGAACACAGACUGUAUUCCAGGAGCUGUGUGGCCGCGACACGCACGUAAUUUCCAUGAAACAUGAAACAAAAAAAAAAUUAAAUGGUUCCUUUCGACAAACAAAUCUACGGGGGGAAAAAAAGUUACCGAAUAUUGGAAAGUUUUAAACAGAGUGAGUCGCAAAGUAACGUUUUUUAAAUUUGAAAUAUGGCCUCGCCUUUACAGCCUAAACGUUUUAUCCUAGUCUUCGUUCAUUCGGGUUCUACAGAAAAGAAAUUUAUCAGUGAACGAUGUUUAAGAACAUCGAGUGUUCAAGAAAUCAAAGUGCUCAUUGUGCUACCCAGAAGUACGCUACAAUUUAAAAGAAACAUAUAAUAGCGCAUAUAUAUAUGUAUUAUAUAAAUAGUCAUCUUGCCCCGUGUCUCCCCCAUGACACAGCUCCAUAAAAAGACUAAGUUGUUCCGUUUUUGUUUGUCAAGUGUUUUUAUAUACAAUUGAAAGAUAAUUAAAAUGUAAUUUAAUGAUACUAUAUGUAUAUA